CUGGUGAUUGGCUGAGGAUAAAUUACCGGUGGAGCGAAGAACCUGUUGGAUAAAAGGGAAUUAUGUGGUGGGAGGAAAAGCAGAGCACGAGCACGCUGGUGAUUGCGCAAGGGACUGGCUCGUGCAGGGCGGGAACACCAAUCAGGGAAUAUCAUCAGAGAUCUACCAGCUGACAUGACUGGCAAGGAAGGGACGGUUCUUUCAGACUCUUCGAAUAAACAAAAACUGUCUUCACCGGUAAACCUUGUGGGACCCCAGCACCAACUGUCGAAAAUGGGUUCGACAACGACGCACCGAUGCACGGGAUUUGGAAUCCAGGAGAUUCUGGGCCUGAACAAGGAGCCGUCGGCGGCCCCGCGGCGCCCGUUGGAAUCCAUGCCCUCCAGGGCUCACUUUUUGGCGACUAGGUCACCACUUGGCCCCGCUGGAGUCGGGGUUGGGAUGGGAAUUAUUGGUCCGGGAGGGAUUCAUUCGUUUUACAGCCAGCCUGCAUUUCUGGAGGUGUUGCAAGAGGCUCAAAGCGUUCACCUUCAGCCGCUCAGCGGGGCCAUGGGACAGGUGGAUCCACACCACUCCGCAAGCUGCUCUGAUUCAGAUGAUGUGUCAUCCAGUGAAACAAAAUUCUCCAAAUCGUCGAUGAGCCAGAACAAGAAACGAAAGAAGAGACGACACAGGACCAUCUUCACCUCUUACCAGCUGGAGGAGCUGGAAAAGGCAUUCAACGAGGCCCACUACCCUGAUGUCUAUGCCAGAGAGAUGCUCUCUAUGAAAACAGAGUUACCAGAGGACAGGAUACAGGUCUGGUUCCAGAACCGCCGGGCCAAGUGGAGGAAGAGGGAGAAGUGCUGGGGCCGCAGCAGUGUGAUGGCAGAGUACGGUCUCUAUGGGGCCAUGGUCCGCCACUCCAUCCCCCUGCCGGAGUCCAUUCUCAAAUCAGCCAAGGACGGCAUCAUGGACUCCUGCGCCCCCUGGCUGCUGGGAAUGCACAAAAAGUCUAUGGAUACCCCCGUUCCGACCUCUCCUGGAAUACCAGAAGCUCCCCAUUCCCAACCACCAGCCCGGGAACGAGAGCGGGAGAGAGUGGCUGAGCGAGAGAUUGAGGAAGAGAGGAGGAGGGAGGACAAUAACAGGUCGCCCAUAUCCAAAGAGGAACUGAGAGAGAAUAGUAUCGCAGCCCUGAGGGCAAAAGCCCUGGAACACAGCGCUAAGAUGCUGGGGACACUUUCUGGUGAAGGACCUCCGGGGGUGGUUUCUGGGGACGGACAGGGGAGACAUGGACAUCCAAUGGAGACAGAGAAAACAGAGGACAAACUGCCAGCAGGACAGACAGAUGGACAGGUCAAGCCAGUGGCUGAAGUUGAGCCCAAUCAUUGAGAGACUUGGAACUCGUCCGAGACUGUGCCAGAGUCAGUUGUUGCCCCUCGCUGUAAAAACAUGAUUUACAAGUUCCUAAUGCACAUGGUCCUCAUCUCUUAGUGGUCACAAUACAAAAUGUGAUCGUUAGGAUCAUGUCUACAUUACACAUCACAUUCUCAAUCGUAGUAAUUCCAGCAGAAGUCAACUGCUGCAACCACAGGCCAACCCAGUUCUUUAAUUGUCCACUAUGUUAUAAUCUGGCAGCUAUUUGGCAGCUUGCUAUUCUAAAACUCAAGGAGGGCUAUUUAAUCGGUAUCGCGGAUGUUUAGCGUUACGCUGUUAUUUUUAUUUAAAGGCGGCUUUCCGGCUUUAGUGGAGACUGAAUUCACGGUAAACACUGCACAUGUCAGCUCAAUCGGGAAGUUUCGAUUUUAUUUGCUCAAUCCGUAAAACGUCACUGAUACAAUUUGAAUAUGCCGCUAAUUAUAGGCUACAUGUGUAAAUACUACGUAAUCAGAAUAGACACAGUAUCGCGCUCUGUCUCGUCAAAAGACAAACAGAGAUACUUGCCUUGAUAAAAUGCUGUAAGAAAUGUUCAUGGGGUCCAGUCAAAUUAUUGGAAAAACAAGUGACUCAUCUUGGAGAGGAUUCAUGGGGCCUUUUACACAAAUAACCUCUGAAAAUGUAUAGUAGAUUCAAUCUUACCUUUGAUGUAAAUAUUGAAAUUAUUUUAAAUGAAAUAUAGCUACGUUCAUGUAGUUGGAAAUCAACAAGGUGUGUGUUUUUGUCUGUCUGUGUUUUAAUUGAAUAGUA